CGUGUAAAUGAGGAAGUAAAUCCCAGUAUCCCAUAUCGGCUGUAGCAUCCGAAAGAGACUAAAUCUUACUUGUAUAUAUAUUAAAAAGAGAAAGUGGUCAGCUCAGGUCAACACUCGUUAGAAAGGUUUAGGUUAACGUCAAUCCAAAUUGAACCUCUCCAGACUCAAAGAGUAACAACAAUGGCGGAACUCGUGGUUGACGCGGUUUACCUUAAGGAGAUCAAGAAAGCUCGCCGUGAGCUCCGUGCUCUCAUCGCUAACAAGAAUUGCGCUCCGAUCAUGCUCCGAUUAGCGUGGCAUGACGCUGGAACCUAUGACGCUAAAUCGAAGACCGGUGGACCUAAUGGUUCCAUUAGGAACGAAGAAGAGUAUAAUCAUGGUGCUAAUAGUGGUUUGAAGAUCGCUAUCGAUCUCUGUGAGGACGUGAAAGCUAAACAUCCCAAAAUCACUUAUGCGGACCUAUACCAGCUUGCGGGUGUUGUAGCAGUUGAAAUUACUGGUGGACCUGACAUCAAUUUUGUUCCGGGAAGAAAAGAUUCAAAUGCCUGCACCGACGAAGGAAGACUUCCGGAUGCUAAUCAAGGUUUCAAACAUCUUAAAGAUGUCUUCUACCGGAUGGGACUGUCUGAUAAAGAUAUCGUGGCACUCUCAGGGGCACAUACUCUGGGAAGGGCUCAUCUAGAGAGAUCAGGUUUCGAUGGACCAUGGACUCGAGAUCCUCUUAAGUUUGAUAAUUCGUACUUUGUGGAAUUGCUAAAAGGAAAAGAAUCAGAGGGUUUGCUGAAACUUUCGACAGAUGAGACUUUGUUGGAUGUCCCGGAGUUCCGACGUUAUGUUGAGCUUUACGCGAAGGACGAAGAUGUAUUCUUUAGCGACUAUGCAGAGGCACACAAGAAACUUUCAGAGCUCGGGUUCUCACCAACGGCUUCAGUUACCGAGGAGACUAAGUGGAUCAUAACUCUGAAAUUAGAACUUUCAAAGCGUGGAGUCGCAGUCGUUGCUGCUGUUGUGGCCUUUAGCAUCUUCAAUGAAGUUCGUAAAAGGAUGAAGUAAAUGAGAUAGAAAGAAGAAACGAGUCCUCUAUAACCUUCUCUCUGGAUUUUAUGGCUUUUGUUGAAAGUCUUUGCAUGCAUUUAUCAAGAUAAUAUGAACUAGUUCUUAUAUUAUGUUUAUUUCUGCGACAAAGAGAACUCAUCCAACAGUUAGUGAUCGGCACUUUCAGUGGUUUUGGCUGCUCAGUUUAUGUUUUCGUUCAGGUUUUUCAAUUUAAGGGAAGAACAUUGUAAAAACGAAUCUACUAUGGAUCGGUUCAUCGGUAUAUAAUAUAUGAUUCGGAUCUUAA